GCAACGUUUUAGUCAAAAUGUUCCGCCUGGUUCGUUUCCUGUCCCUGUCUCUCUCCUGUGGGCUCGUCUUGAGCGCGGCGCCGACAUUCGAAGGCAACGGGAGGGUCAACUGCGGCGGUGUGUACACGGAGAACAAGGGAACCUUCCCGUCUCCGGGCUGGCCUCAUCGGUACCCAAACCGACGUUAUUGUGUGUACGAGAUCAGGGCGAUGCCCGGGAGGAAGAUCAACCUGCAGUUCCCCACCUUCCACUUAAAGCCGAGGUCGAGACGUUCUUGUUUAGACUGGCUCAAGCUUUACGACGGAGAUGACCUGAUCGGCGGCCCGUUCUGUGGACAGGAAAUCGCCCCUGACCGCGUGUUCACGUCAAAGACCAGCAAAAUAACGGUGGUCUUCAUGAGUCAUCCGGCACUGAGACCACGGCGCUAUCCUGGGUUUAAUGCCACCUACCUCCUGGGUUUAAUGCCCCCUAAAAUUAAUAAUAACCCCCAGUUAACGUGCGCCCGCCGCCUCACCAGAAAGUCAUGGCGUCGGAGCAUUGUGGACGGGAACAAGGCGGCACCAGGAAGCUAUCCCUGGAAAGUCUCUCUCCGUAUAGAUGAUGUAAACAAUCACGUCUGUAGCGGGGCUUUGUUGGACGAGCAAUGGGUUGUCACUGCCGCGCACUGUGUUGACAUUGACAUGGGCAACUGGAUUGGGCAAAACAUUAUUUGGGUGGAAGUUGGCGAACACGAUAGGAACGAAAGCCCGAGGACCGUCGACGUUAGGAAUAUCUUUGUACAUCCCCAAUACGACGACGAAACGUAUGACUACGACAUCGCCCUUCUGAAGCUAGAGCAUCCUACUGUAUUUCUCUAUAGGGACCUCAUACCGAUCUGCCUCCCCUGUAGCAUUACACCGGAAGAUGGUAACAUGCCGGUAGUUGAUCACAAAUAUUGCUUAAAAGCGUACGGUAAUAAAUUCAACCCGAGUACCCAGAUCUGCGCAGGUUAUAAAGACAGCGAGGUGGUCUCAUGUCAGGAAAAAAGUGACGGCCCAUUGGUGUACUUCCACCAUGGUGUACCUUAUCUUGUCGGGAUUGUCAGCUUUGGUGCCGAAUGUGCCCGUCCGUACUACCCGGGGGUUUACGCCAACGUGUACUAUUUCAUUGACUGGAUCGAGUCAGUAACGGGCAUUGACUUUUGUACAAAUAAUUAAUGUGUGUAAAAUUUUAUAUACUGUAUUGCACUAGAUAGAUUUGCCUGUGGGUGAAACUAUUAUUUUGCACUAUGUUUCAUUGUAUAGUUUUGUGUAUGUGUAGACAUAAAUAGUAUUCUUUGAUCUCUGUGUAGGAAUAUGUUAAAGCACUGUAAUUCAUACAAAUGUAAUUUAGGUCUGCGGUACAUAAUAUAG